AUGUCAUAUCACUUCAUUCACGUGGACCGCUCCGCUACAGAUCUUUCCUCAGUUGCCGACAAGUACAGGGCCUUGCGACUUGAAGCACUCCAGCAAUCACCAACGUCCUUCUCUUCAACUUGGGACAUCGAAUCGCGCUUCUCCAAUGAUACUUGGGUUUCCCGGCUUCGAAACUCGGGCAAGGAAACCUUUGCAUGCGUUUAUCAAGAGGGACAGACCUCAGUAUGGGUCGCUCAAGUCAACCUACGCGGGCCACUUUCAGUCGAGGAUUUUGGACUCCCAUCUCAGUCUGGCCAAUCACCGCCUUUGGAUGAAAUGCAAGAUGAGAAAUGGCAGAUGCUCAGCCUGUACACCUCAGUCAGCCACAGGGGGAAAGGCCUCGGUGCCAAGCUCUGCCGAGAAGCCUUCCAAUUCAUUCAAAACCGACUUGGAAACGAGUCGAGGAGUGCUACAGUACGCAUCAUGGUGAAGCCUGAGAACACCGUGACUGUUGGCUUGUACCAGCGACUGGGGUUUGCCAAGGUUGGAUUGUGCACUUUGGAAGAGGCCUUGAGGGCGAACGGAGAUGCAGACUUGAUCCCGACAGGAAAGUUGGAGGAAAAGUAUACCACAAGGUCAGGAAUCAUCAUGGUUUUAUGCCUGAGAAAAAGCCAUGCCAUUGAGUCCGGGUUUUAG